AUUGGCAUAAUUUGCAUCGGUCUGUUAAAAGUCAUGAAGGAAAUGAGGAGCAUUUACGUUGCAUGACUAGUUGGAUUGAGUUGGAAAAUAGGUUUCGAUCAAAAACUACAAUUGAUAAAAGCAUUGAAUUGUUGAUUGAUGCUGAAAGAGAACAUUGGAGACAUGUAUUAAAAAGGAUAAUCGCUAUUGUUAAAAGACUUGCGAAAAACACAUUGCCAUUUCGAGGAGAUGAUGAGAGGCUACAUGUUGAGAACAAUGGCCUAUUUUUACAAAUGGUUGAAAUGGUUAGUGAAUUUGAUCCAGUAAUGCAAGAGCACAUUCGGCGGGCUAAAGCAAAAGAGAUUCAAUAUACAUAUCUUGGCAAAAAAAUUCAAAAUGAGUUGAUACAGUUGUUGGCUAAUCAAGUGAGAAGUUCAAUCGUCAAGAAAGUUAAAGAUGCAAAAUAUUUCGCAAUUAUACUUGAUUGUACUCCUGAUGCAAGUCAGGAGGAGCAAAUGUCUUUAAUUGUUCGAUUUGUAGAUAAUUCGGCAAACUUACCUACAGUUCAAGAACAUUGGCUAGAAUUCUUGAAGGUAGAUGACACAACAGGACUUGGACUUGCAACCGAGCUUCAAAAGGCUUUGAUAAAAAUUGAUCUCGAUAUUGAUGACAUUAGAGGGCAAGGGUAUGACAACGGAUCUAACAUGAGCGGGAAGCACAAAGGUGUGCAAAGAAGGGUCCAUGAAAUGAAUCCCCGAGCUUUCUAUACUCCAUGUGGCGCUCAUAGUCUAAAUCUAGCAUUAUGUGAUAUGGUGAACUGUUGUUCCAAAGCUGUAUCAUUCUUCGGAGUGAUACAACGCAUCUACACAUUGUUUUCCUCUUCUACCAAGCGAUGGAAAAUUUUCAAAGAUAAUGUACAAGGGUUGACAGUGAAGCCAUUGUCACAAACACGUUGGGAAAGUCAUGUUGAAAGUGUGAAGCCUAUAAUGGAGCAAACUGCACAGAUAAGAGAAAUUGGAUUUGCUAUUGCCAAAGAUGAAGCGGCAAAAAAGGCAAGCGAAAUGGGAAUUGAAGCUGUAUUUACAGAAAAACGCAUAAUUCGAAGAAAAAAACAAUUUGAUGAAAGCGGUAGUGAUGAGGUAAAACAAUCAGCAGAAGAAUCUUUUAGAGUUGAGUACUUUAUUUUUAUAAUUGAUCAAGCUCUAUCUUCUAUGAGGACUCGAUUUGAACAAUUCAAAUAAUAUGAUGACACAUUUGGAUUUUUGUUUAGUUUGAAGAGGUUAAGGGAUACAACUUUUUCAAGUUUGUUGAAAUCUUGUUUGAAUCUUGAGAAAUAUCUUCAACAUAAUGGGCGUUCGGAUAUUAGUGGAGAUGAUUUAUGUUCGGAGUUACAAGUCUUGAGAUGUUAUAUACCAAGUGAAGCAACAAGAGCAAUUGAAGUGCUACAAUAUUUGAAGGCAUUGGAUGUUUGUUUUCCAAAUGCUUAUACUGCUUACCAAAUUUUGUUAACCAUACCGGCUACAGUUGCAUCUGCGGAAAGAAGUUUCUCAAAAUUAAAGUUGAUCAAGACCUAUCUCCGAUCAACUAUGUCGCAAGAAAGAUUAAACGGAUUGGCUAUGUUAUCAAUAGAAAA